AUGAAGGGACUCAGAGGUCUGGCAGCACCAACCCUGGCUCUUUUCCUGGUGUUCUCCCUCAUGGGAGAUUCCAGCAGUGCACCGCAGAGACUCUUGGAGAGAAGGAACUGGACUCCUCAAGCUAUGCUUUACCUGAAGGGCGCACAGGGCCGCCGCUUCAUCGCAGACCAGAGUCUGAAGAAGGAGCAGUCGGAGCGGCCGCAGCCGGAAAGACGAAGUCCAAAUGCCCGAUUCCUAACUCUCCCAGAGGCAGCGGCUCUGCUAGUGGCUUCCUUUCAGAAACCACAAGAAGCGGGAGAAGAAAACCUUGAUCCAACCAGAUUUUUGGACGACAGUCUGCUGAACUUGUGA